AUGUACGUUCCGCUGUCGCAAGAAGUACGUCAGUUUCGUCUGCUUACAAUUAAAGGCGGCCAUGGCGACGUUGAUCUUCAAUGUUCGCUCCGAACGGUCGAUCUGGAAGGCCCAGAGACUGCCAAGUGGGCAACAGUCUCAUAUUGCUGGGGAGAUCCGCGAGAAAGAAUCCCCCUUGCGGUGAAUGGCCAGACUGUCCUGGUACCGCCAAAUGCCAGAGAUGCUAUCAUCAGGCUGAGAUUGCCGACUCAAAAUCGUGAGGUAUGGAUAGACUCCGUUUGCAUCAACCAAGCGGAUCUGCGGGAAAGAAGUCUACAGGUGGCGAGCAUGGGUUUAAUCUACCGGAGAGCCGAGGGCAACUACAUUUUUCUGGGCCAUGCUUCUGGAGUUGAUACGGACAGAAUUGUUCAUAUCCUCGGCAGUGGCGCAGACAGGAUCCGUGCUGCGAGAGCGAGCCUCAACCAAGCACAAGAAAUGGGCUUCAUGACAGGCUUAGUUCCCAACGAGUGGCUUUUGAAUGGGGUGAUUUCGGCAGCCGAGAUGGCACUGCUAGAGCCUCUCUUCCAGUCACUAUGGUUCCAGCGUCUUUGGGUUGUCCAGGAAGCGUCAUUGGCGAAGCACAAUGUUUGCCUCUUCGGAGGAUCCAGCUUUCCCCUGGAAGACGUAUUACUCAACGCCUCCAUAAACACCAAACCGAUGUCAUUCGGACUGCAAAGUACAAGAAGCGUCUUUGCUGCGGCUACCAUGCGUCAAUUCGCAGUGUCGAGUCAUCAGCCAUUGAAUUUGGGCGGGGAACACUUCCUGAGAUACUUUCCCAUUAUCAGGACAAUGGAUACGACAGACCCUCGCGAUCGAGUCUACGCAGUUCUCGACCUGUACCGACAUCGUGCUGGGCUCCAGAGCCUGCCUAACCUACUGGUGCCUGACUACACAAGGCCGGUUGCAGAUGUGUUUCGCGCAGCUACGAGGCAUGCCUUGACGGAGCCAGCCUCUGGUGGAAUCUUGAGCAGUAUAUGCCACCGAUCAGAUCACGAUAUGUCUGCAGAUGGCUACAGGUCUUGGGCCCUCCGCUUCGACCGAAAAUUCAGUCCUGCGGAGGACUGCCUUGCUUUGAGGUCCGCCGCGGCUACCUUUCCUACUGACAGUGUCGAUCAUCGUCUCGAAACGGCAGACUCGGGGGAUCCGAAUGUCCUGAAGUUGAAAUGCUGGCUCAUCGGUCGAGUGACUGCGUCUUCGAUCACGACUUCAAGCCCUCAGUUCCAGUCUGUUGACUAUGACACUGCAAAGCAGAUGGUCAACUUUGUACUGGCAAGGAGUAUGCCCAUGCGGGAACUUGCGCAAACAUACGGCCUUGACGAUUGCUACGGCUUGGCAGCGGAUGUCUUGAGCACCGGCUCGCUUGGUGGUCAGGAUUUACAAUUCAAAGACCGCGCUGCUAGAAGAGCCGCCUUCAAACUAUAUGUUCAACAUAUUCACCAGAGGAAGACCGUUCCAGAAAAGCCUAGACCUGGCACCGGCAACGAUGACGAUUAUGCAGUAUUCCAGUUCCACAAGCUGAUGAGUAACACGAUACACCGUCGCCGCUGUUUCCGAGUGGACUCAGGGCAUGUUGGCAUUGGGCCGGUUAUACUUCGAGAGCACGAUUGCUUGGUCAUCUGCAAUGGAGCAGAACACCCUUACGUGCUCAGGCCUUGUACCUUUCCCGGCUCCUUUCUUUUGCAAUAUCAAUUCGUAGGCGCUGCUUACGUCCCUGGUCUGAUGACCGGGCAAGUUUUCCAUUUGAACUUAGAGCAGAGUUGGUUCAAUAUACAAUGA